AAUAAUAUACCGCAGAAUCAUAAUAACAAUCGAACAGGUAUGGUGGGUUACGAAUUAAAAAAAUUCAAUGGGUAUUCUACUGAAGAUUCUGAAGAACAUAUUGAAGAAUUUAGAUUGUGGCUUACAGGUUCUGGAAUAGAUGUAGGUGCUGGCUAUGCUAAUAGAAUUAAUGCUCAUAGUGUUUUUAGAGCGUUUCUCAAAGGGGAUGCUAAAGAUUGUAAAGGUCAUGAAAAGAAUAAUUAUUCAAGCAAUAUGGGUAUGACUGAAAAUGAAGUCAGAAACUUGGUAAAAUCUAUGAUGAUAUCUGAGCAAUCUCAAUCCGUCUCACAAACUAUCUCUUCUAAACCUCAGAGAAAUCAAUCUAAUCAAAUAACACUUUCACAAGAUGAUUUCAAAAAAAUUAUAGCAGGUUUGAAGGGAACUAUCACUAAAGGACAGCAAACUUUGAAGAAACCCCCUGGACCAGAAAAACAAAAAGCUGAUGAUCUUGUUUUAGAUCAUCUUUUAGAAAAUUUAAUAGAUGAUCCAGGUUUACCUGAAGAGGACUAUGACUAUAACCCUGUUGAAGAUUUGAGACUAUAA